AUGCAUUCAGAGUUAACAACGGAUUUAUCAAUAAUUCUUUCAAAUUUAAAUAAUGUUAAAUCAAAUGGCAAAGAAAAUGUUGUUUUAUUAAAAACAGGUUCAUUAAAUCCAAUUCAUCGAUCUCAUAUAUCAAAUAUGAUUCAAACAAAAAAAUAUUUAGAAGAAAUUUAUAAUUUCAAUGUUAUUGGAGGAUAUUUAUCACCAACACAUGAUCAUUAUGUUGGAAAUAAAUUAGGAGAUGAACUUCUUCAUGGUCAAUUAAGAAUUGAAAUGUGUCAAAAUGCUAUUCAAGAAGAAAAUCAACAACAUUGGUUAACUGUUGAUAAAGCUGAAUGUUUAGCUUCAAACUUUAUUAAUUUAAAUAAAGUUGCAUCAAGUCUUCAAAUGUUUCUUAAUGAAAAAAUCAGAUUAGAUAAACCAAUAAAAGUGAUUUAUGUUGCUGGUUUAGAUUUAUUUAAUCGUUGUAAAGGAAUGAAUGGUUUAAGACAAGGAACGAUGGGUGGUGUUGCUGUUGUUUAUAGAUAUGGACAAGAUAAAUCACUUAUUCAAUCAUUUAUCAAGGAGAAUACUCGUAAACUUUAUUUUAUUUCAUUAGAUGGAGAUAAUAUUCAAAAUGAUAUUAGUUCAACAUUAAUUAGACAAAAACUAAAAUCAAAUGAGGAUUGUUCGCAUUUAACUUAUAAUUCUGUUUUACAACAUUUACAAUUUGAUUCUCGGAUUUAA